AUGACGACUGCCACCGCCAUCCCACACAGAGAGCGGCGGCCCUCGGUGGGCGCUCCUAUCGUCGACAUUCAGGGCAAUGUUGGUCCUGCCGGCAUCUCGCGGCCCAAGCACAGGCGGACGCACACCGGCCUUGGGGCUGGUGAGAUCAAGAUUGUUGAGGCUUCCAUCCCCGAACCGCAGCGCGAGACCUGGCGCAAGCACCAAGCAAAGCCCUUCGCCGACAAGGAUGGCUUCCAGCGCGAGCUGGUGCGCCACGUUGAGACGACGCUGGCCCGUAGCAUGUUCAAUUGCGACGAGUCCGCCGCCUACUCUGCCUGCGCCCUCGCCUUCCGCGACCGUCUCGUGUACGAUUGGAAUCGCACCCAGCAGCGGCAGACCCUGGCCGACGCGAAGCGCGUAUAUUAUCUCAGUCUGGAAUUUCUCAUGGGACGCGCGCUCGAUAAUGCUAUGCUGAAUAUUGGGCAGAAAGAUAUCGCUAAGGCUGGCCUCGCUGAGCUCGGCUUCCGCAUUGAGGACGUCAUUGAACAGGAGAACGAUGCUGCCCUGGGCAAUGGCGGUCUCGGCCGUCUGGCUGCCUGCUUCCUCGACAGCCUUGCCACUCUGAACUAUCCCGCCUGGGGCUACGGCCUGCGCUACCGUUACGGUAUCUUCAAGCAGGAGAUCAUCGACGGCUACCAGGUCGAGGUGCCCGACUACUGGCUCGACUUUAAUCCAUGGGAGUUUCCCCGUCACGACGUGACUGUUGAUAUCCAAUUCUACGGUCACGUCGUCAAGACGACCGACGAGAACGGUCGCGUCGUUCACCGCUGGGAGGGCGGCGAGACGGUCAAGGCAGUGGCCUACGACGUGCCGAUCCCGGGCUAUGGCACGUCAACGACCAACAACCUCCGUCUGUGGUCGAGCAAGGCCGCCAGCGGCGAGUUCGACUUCCAGAAGUUCAACAACGGCGACUAUGAGAGCUCCGUCGCCGACCAGCAGCGUGCCGAGACCAUCUCCGCCGUGCUCUACCCCAACGACAACCUCGACCGCGGCAAGGAGCUGCGCCUCAAGCAGCAGUACUUCUGGGUCGCCGCCUCGCUCUAUGAUAUUGUUCGCCGCUUCAAGAAGUCCAAGCGUCCCUGGAAGGAGUUCCCCGACCAAGUCGCCAUCCAGCUUAAUGAUACUCAUCCGACGCUCGCCAUCGUCGAGCUGCAGCGCAUCCUGGUUGAUAUCGAGGGCCUGGGCUGGGACGAGGCUUGGGACAUCGUCACCCGCACCUUUGGCUACACCAACCACACCGUCCUUCCCGAGGCCCUCGAGAAGUGGUCCGUCCCGCUGGUCCAGCACCUGCUGCCGCGCCACCUGCAAAUCAUUUAUGAUAUCAACCUGUUCUUCCUGCAGUCCGUGGAACGUCAGUUCCCGAAUGACCGUGAUCUCCUCCGGCGUGUAUCCAUCAUCGAGGAGACCAACCCCAAGAUGAUCCGCAUGGCGCACCUGGCCAUCGUCGGCUCGCACAAGGUCAAUGGCGUCGCGGAGCUGCACUCCGAUCUUAUCAAGACCACCAUCUUCAAGGACUUUGUGGACAUCUACGGCCCGGAUAAGUUCACCAACGUCACCAACGGGAUUACGCCCCGCCGCUGGCUGCACCAGGCCAACCCCCGCCUCUCGGAGCUGAUUGCAAGCAAGACGGGAGGCUACGGGUUUUUGACCGAUCUAACCCAGCUGAACAAGCUCGAACUGCACGUCAACGACGCCGAUUUCCGCCGGGAGUGGGCGGAAAUCAAGUUCAACAACAAGGUUCGGCUGGCCAAGUACAUCAAGGACACGCUUGGGAUUGCAGUCAACCCCAACGCGUUGUUCGACGUGCAGGUCAAGCGGAUCCACGAGUACAAGCGGCAGCAGAUGAAUAUAUUCGGGGCGAUUCACCGGUAUCUGACGCUCAAGGAGAUGACGCCUGAGGAGAGGGCCAAGCAGCAGCCGAGGGUGAGCAUCUUCGGUGGGAAGGCCGCUCCGGGCUACUGGAUGGCGAAGCAGAUCAUUCAUUUGAUUAAUGCUGUCGGCGAGGUGGUCAAUAAUGAUAAGGAGAUUGGGGAUUUGCUCAAGGUGGUGUUUAUCCCGGAUUAUAAUGUCAGCAAGGCGGAGAUGAUUAUCCCCGCGUCGGAUAUUAGUGAGCACAUAUCGACUGCUGGUACUGAGGCUUCUGGCACCAGCAACAUGAAAUUUGUGCUCAACGGCGGGUUGAUCAUCGGUACCUGCGACGGCGCCAAUAUCGAAAUCACUCGCGAAAUCGGCGAUGAAAACAUCUUCCUCUUUGGCAACCUCGCUGAAAACGUCGAAGACCUCCGCCACGCGCACACCUACGGCGGCGACUGGACCCUGGAUCCAUCCCUGGCUCGGGUCUUCGAAGAAAUCGAGCGCGGCACGUUCGGCAACCCACAGGACUUUGCGGCCAUCAUCUCUGCCGUGCGCGACCAUGGUGACUACUACCUUGUCUCAGACGACUUCCAUUCGUAUCUGGAGACACACAAGCUGGUGGAUGAGGCGUACCGCGAUAAGGAGGGAUGGACAACCAAGAGUAUCUUGAGUGUGGCGCGGAUGGGGUUCUUUAGCAGCGAUAGGUGUAUUAAUGAAUAUGCGGAGGGUAUUUGGAAUAUUGAGCCGCUGAAGGGGGAGGAGUAA